AGUGGAGUUGCCGAGUCACCGCAGUGGCUGAGCUGCUGACAGGAGGCGGCGGCGGAGGAGGAGGCGAGGGAAGACCUGAGGCUGCUCUACCCGGCCGCCGCCGCCGCCGCCGCGGUAGCGCUCGGCAGAGCCCGCGAGCCAGCCCCGCCGCCGGCCUCGGCCCGCCAGCGCAGCCUGUCCCCCGGCGCCCCCCGCGCGCGGCUCGUCUUCUCGGCGCCGGGAUUCGCCCGCCCGUACCGUCCGGGGCGGCCUAGCCUUGCACCAACCUCCCCCCACCCCACCCUACCCCGCCCCGGCUGCUGGGGGCCGCCGCCCCGCGCGGUCCUGUCCGCAUCCCUGGCCGCGCCCGGACGCCCCCCGCACCACCACGUCCGCCGGCACCAUGAUGGAGGAGAUCGACCGGUUCCAGGUGCCCACCGCGCACUCGGAGGUGCAGCCGCUGGACCCAGCUGCCGCCUCCAUCUCCGACGGAGACUGUGACGCCCGGGAGGGUGAGUCAGUAGCCAUGAAUUACAAACCAUCCCCGCUCCAAAUGAAGCUGGAGAAGCAGCGGGAGCUAGCCCGGAAGGGCUCCCUGAAGAACGGCAGCAUGGGAAGCCCCGUCAACCAGCAACCCAAGAAGAACAACGUCAUGGCCCGGACAAGGCUGGUCGUUCCCAAUAAAGGCUACUCCUCACUUGAUCAGAGUCCAGAUGAGAAGCCACUGGUGGCCCUGGAUACGGACAGCGAUGAUGACUUUGACAUGUCCAGAUACUCCUCCUCUGGCUACUCCUCCGCGGAGAUCAACCAAGAUCUGAACAUCCAGCUGCUGAAGGACGGCUACCGGUUAGACGAGAUCCCCGACGACGAGGACCUGGACCUCAUCCCCCCCAAGUCCGUGAACCCCACUUGCAUGUGCUGCCAGGCCACGUCCUCCACCGCCUGCCACAUUCAGUAGCGGGCGGGGUCCCCGCGGCCGAGCGGGGCAGGGCCCGUGGGCCGGGUUUGGAUGGGGCAAGGGGCAGAGAGCCCUCCCCGCCGCUCAUCCGCCUGCCCCCCGGCCCCCACAUCCCCAAACAGCCGCCAACCUCGUACCAGUCAUUGCUUCCUCCUAUGGUAGGACAUGUACCUCUGUGUGUCCAUGGAGCCGGAGAAACCCAGAGCGGGUCUCUCUCCACCCGGGGUAGGGGGGUGGGGGGGCUGUUGGUUCAGUUAACCUGCGGGGAGAGCAGACCUCGCCCAGCGCCCUCCUCUCCCCAUAGCUGAGGUCCAGGGGUGGGCUGGGGGAGGGGGCGGUGUACAAAGAGUGGGGGGAGGGAUCACAAAGCCAGGGGCUUGGCCCCACCCCAGCAAAGCCAUGAACCCUCGUAUCCACAGCCUAACGAGCAAAGGGUUGGGGGGCUGGGAGGGAGAAAGACGAGGGUCAGUGGGUUCAGGGCCAGCACCUUUAACCCCUGGCUCUACACCCCUGGCGGACACUGUUUUCCCCUUGGCUACAAAUGGGAAGACCUGCCAAGCUGCCCAGCUGGACACUGAACACCCGACCCCGACCCCCUCACUGCCUCCUUCCUCCUCUUUGCCCUGUUUGCCCUCUUCCUGGCUCGGGCUGAAGGGGCAGGAAAGGUGGGCUUUAGUGACUGUCAGAGUUUGAGGUCGUGCCAUCUUAUCCACACCGGCCCCUUCGGCAAAUGCCUCUGUCACGCAGCCAUCAUCCCCUCCUCCCCACAGCAGCCUCUGUUCGGGGGUCCCAGUCCCAGGCUGGAAGCGGAAGGUGAGGCUUACCUCAAGGGUCCAGUGUGAGUCAGCCUGUUCCGGGAGGCAGGCCCGGGAACACGCAGCUGCUGCCCGGGCAGGCAGGGAGAGCGGGCUGAGGGUGGCUGUGUCCCUGGCCUCUGGGGCCCGGGUCUGUGUGCCGUGUCCACCAGCUGCCCACUUGGACUGUAGGUGUCGGUGGCCAUGGCAGGGAAAUGCUGAGGCAUUUUGUGGACCGUGUGGGCUCUGGCCCCCAGCUCUGAGCUCUCCCGGCAAGCUGCUGGCCUUCCUGAGGCUUCAGUGCGCAGGACCACAGGACGAACCGCGGCUGAAACGAAAGCCCUUUCCUGCCUGGAGGAGGGUCCUCUCAGGACCGUCUGGAGAGGUGUCCAGGGCCGCAUCUGGGUGUCUGAGAAUGCGAGGGCGGCUUCCCGAGAAGGCCUCUGUGGGCAGGCGAGAGAAGGGGAUGGGGACAUGGGUCUGCCCAUGCCGGGGGGGGGAGAGGGUCUGUGUGAAUGUGUGCUGGGGGGCUACCUGGUGGGUGUAAGCUGCUCAGGGGUGCCUGGAUAUCAGGAAGUAGAUGCUGCUGUUGCCGCCUGGGGCGAGGGCGCCUGCCCAAAGCUAAGGAUGAAGGUCUGGAGAGACACAGUGGCCAAGGUCCUCCCCUGGGACUGUCCCCAAAGCAGAGUUAAAGGGAAGCCUCAGACCACUCAGGUCUACCCCACCAACACCCCCAUUCUCCCAGAGCGGGGGUCCGCUCCUGCAUGCGGGCCAACCCCCCGAUCCCCAACGGGAACAGGGGUGCUGGAGCCAUGAGGGAGAGGCAAGUCAAGGCUGCUGGCUUGGGAAGGAGAGCCCUUCUCCCCAGUCACACCUGGGGGGCUCCAACGCCAAAGGAUUGGGGUGCAUCUCUCCCCCCCUUCAGCACCUGCCAUCCACACCUCCUCCUCCGGUGCAGGCUUAGAUGAUGCCAAAAUACCAGUGAGAAGGCAAGGACCAUUCUGAAGACCCCUCUCCCAGCCCCUGUGCCCCGGAGCAAAGCUCCCACUAUUGCCAUCACCCCACAAAUGCCAGCCCUUGAGAGUAUGGGUGGGUCCUCCCCUCUUUUCCAGACAGGGCUCAGUUAGACUCUGGAUGAUGUGCUGCUGGCCUGCUGUGUAGAAUCUGGCCCACUACUCCACCUCUCUGGACCGAGAGCCAGGGGAACACGCCCCGCCCCACCCCCACUUCAACACCCCGCAGGAUACUCCUAGUGCCCUGACAGCUGAGGGCUUCCAACAAGGCAGAAUGCAAGUGUGGAGCGAGGGAUGAAGCUGGUAGCUGGAACUUCUGGGUCUAGGAGAGGGCGUGAUCCCUUCAGCCUGGCCCGGGAGCUCGGAGGGGAGGAACCGAGGCCUUAGCUUGCCCCCUCGCCAUCCUUCGCCCUUGUAGAUACUGCCUUAACACUCCCCCUACCCCCAGCUCCGGCUGCCACCCAGCCAGGUUUCUCCGCGCUCACUAAUUUAUUUCCAGAAAGGUGUGUGGAAGACAUGAGCCGUGUAAAAUAUUUUUUUUUAACAUUUUCCAUCGCAGUAUUGAUCAUCAUCCUUGGUUGUGUAUCGUGUAACACAAAUAAUGAUAUUAAAAAGCAUCAAACAAA